UGCUGGCCCUUGGGGGUGGGGGGGAGGGAAGCCUCAGUUCGGCGUUUUCACAGGCGAGCGGGCUUUGUUCCUCCUGUUUGGGAAACAUGGUUUGCGGGGGCUUCGCCUGCUCACGCAAUGCUCUGUGCGCCCUCAACGUCGUUUACGUGCUGGUUGGUCUACUACUGAUUGGUGUGGCUGCCUGGGGUAAAGGAUUUGGGAUUGUUCCCAGCCUCCACAUCAUUGGAGGGGUCAUUGCCGUGGGCUUCUUCCUGCUUCUCAUCGCCAUCGUGGGACUCAUUGGUGCUAUCAAUCAUCACCAAGUCAUGCUUUUCUUUUAUAUGAUAAUUCUAGGGCUAAUCUUUAUUUUCCAGUUUGGAAUUUCCUGUGCAUGCCUGGCACUGAAGACACAUAAGCAGGAAAGUCUUUUGAGUGGUACCUGGAAAUUACUGAAUGACAACACCAGGAUAUCAUUGGAAAACAACUUAAAUUGCUGUGGGUUAUUCAACAACACUGAAUCUGCUGAACUAUUUAAGAGCGAUGUUGACAAUUGCAGUGCACCAUGCACAAAAUCAAAGUCUGGAUGCUUCAAAUGUGGUGUUGUGCUGAUGGAACAUGCCGAUGAGGCUUUGAAAAUCCUUGGUGGAGUUGGACUCUUCUUCAGUUUCACGGAGAUCCUUGGAGUAUGGCUUGCAAUGCGUUACAGAAACCAGAAGGAUCCCAGAGCCAACCCCAGUGCCUUUUUAUAGUUCUUUCUCCCACCACCUUCCAGGUUUCCUUUUUAGUUAGUCACUUCUUGCUUAUUUAAGACCUCCCAUUUCCAUCCCUUGGUUGCCAACCACUCUCGCAAGGCCCCUAAGGAGGGUGAAUUUUGCCUUUAUGCCAAAACGCUGAUAGGAUGAAACAGCAAGCGAAGGUCUCGUCCAUGACAUGAAGCCUUUGGCAUGUGGCAAAGGGAUCCAAUACUGGAAGAAAAAGGCAGACGUUAGUUGGUAUCACGUAAGAUAGUGGGGGAAAAAAUCAUUUUGUUGACUCGUGUAAUUGCUGCUCAUAACUACAAUCAUUUUGGUGUUUUUUUUAAUUGUUUGCAUUAUCGUAUCGUCUAUUUUAAAAAAAUAGAUUUUCCCUAAAGCUGCUUCCCCAACUCCCCACACGCAAAUGUCUUCACCUUGACAAGGUGAAUUGCUUUGUCUUACCUUUUAAGCAGCAGAGGCAACAAUUGUCCCCUAAAAUUACUUUCCACCAGGUUGGCCUUCCCAAUUUGUGUUUCCUAUGGUCAAACACAGUAGACACGAGUGCUACAUGAAGCAGUUCUGGGGAAAGACUUAGUUUAAACAAGCAUGAUACAUGUCUUAUUUUAGGAUUAUUUUUUUUUACAAGCGGAAAUUGAAAUUAACCUAAAUUCAGACUUUACAAUCAUAUACUUAGGCUCCCUCUUUUUAAGGAGAAAGGUCAUAACCUGCCUAAAACUGACUGGAGAACUCACUUGCUCGUAAUGUAAUCACCGUUACAUCUUUAAAAAUUCUUAAAACUGACUUGAAGGUGAUUUCUCUGAAAACCUAUACACCUUUGGAACAAAAGGAACUUGAGUGAUACCAGCCUGAGUUUUGGAUCCCAAGUUCCUUUGCGAUAUUCUUUUUGUAGUGGAGGAUGAAGACUUGAAACUGUUGUAUGCUGGUGAUCUAGGUAUGUCCUAUCCUGUUCAGUUGUUUCCCCUACAUUCGAUGGUUGUGAGUAAAGAUGUAUGUCAGGAUCUUAGCUAACCCCCAUUGGGGAUUCCGUUGUUUGAACGCUAGCCCGCCUGUGUAGUAGCCCCUCCCCCUGCUUCCGGUUUCAGCCCGCUAUCAUUCUCAUAUGCAAUUUCUUUUGUUCUACUUUAACAAGGGAAGCUGCGGCUGAGCACAAGCAUGUUACACAUUAACACUGGGCUUUGUAUAGUAUUAAGUGAGCUAGAUGGCAGCCUGGUUGCCGUGCUGUUGGUCUUUUGUCAAGAAAGGUCCUAGUGAAGCUCCUACAGAGGCGUCCUUUCAAAGCCAGAUCUUUCGAGGAUGGACAUUGGAAGGACCCGUGCCUUCAAGACGAAAAGCAGAAGCACGUUCCCUUUUAAUGGGGAAAGAAAACACAGGACUGCUUUCUCUUUGAUGAGUAUGAAUGUCUUCUAGUGAAAUGUUACAUAGGCUGCGCCCUUGUUACACGCACCGUACUAUUUAUUUAUAGAUUAGGGAAUGUCUCAUAAUCAGUGGCAUAUUUUGCAAGCAAGUACUUAUAAAAGGCAGGUGGAAAUAGCUUGGCAAAUUCUUCUCAACUCCUAAAGCUAUAGCCGGCCCUCUUGAGGUAAUCAUCCUGGGUGAUAAUGUGGCCUUAAAUGGUACAGAUAACUCCCAAAACACUUUUCUGCCCUUUUGAAAAUAAGUAGAUUGAGAAAGAUUGAUCGCUCUCAACUGCUUUUUUUUUUUUUUUGAGCUAGGGUUACAACUCCAGUCAAAUGUUGAGAUAGGAAAAAGUAGGAGAAGAUCAUUGUAAACAUUUGAUGUGUGUUUGAUCCUUCUGAGGAUUACAAAAGUUGGCUAAUAAUAGAAUGCAAAUAGGAAUGAAUGACAAAUAACUGAAAUCAUCUAAAAAGCCAGCACCUGGCAAGAGGUGUGUCUUUACAGAUUUCCUAAAUUCAAAAUAAACCAAAAAAAAAUAGUGGCCCUUUGCAGCUCCUGAAGAAGCAUUAUCUGAGAGCGAGGCCCUCUCCUACACCCCGAAAAUAAGAGCUGGCGUGAGUUGCACAAGGGAGACAUCAUGAAAAGAACCUGCCCUGGAGAGCCCAACAACUAUAAAAGAGUGAAUCAUGAUUCUAAGCCAUUUAAAGCUGUCAAGGUUAACAUGAACACCUUCAAUUAUGCUCAGGAAGCACCUGACAAACCAGAGAACUUCUAGUGCAGGCAUCAUAUGAUCUUGUACUUUGUACUAGUUGGGGUUAAGGGCAGUUUCUGUACAGUCUGUAAAAAGAGUGUCUGGAUGGACAAGUUGCAGGAGUUAAGAUGUGAAGUAACAACACAUUGAUAACUUAUCACCAAACCUGAACAACCUGGGAAAGAUGCAUUUAGUUUAGAUGUAAUUUCAAAGGUGCAUUCACCUCAUAAGAGAAUCCAGUGACAUUUGAAGUUUGAGAAGUACUCCCAGCCUGGGAACCUGCUCUUUCAGAGAACGUUAUCUAAAUUAGGCUGAUCUCAGUCUCCAUCUUCAGUUUCCCAUUAGAAAACUUGUUUGGAUUUAAUUUUGGAUUGUUCCUGUUCAUUGACUUGCAUUAUUGAAUUGACAGGAACUAGUUCCUUUCUUGGAACUGAAUGAUGAGCAAUAGAGCUAGGUUAACAUCAACUGGGAAUACGCUUCCAAAAUCUCCCCCCCACCCCCGUUUUCAUCCUGACAAGAAUAGGGAGCAAGAUGGAAAUCUACCAGACAUCAAGAGGCAACCCCAAUUAAUACCUCAGCAUUACCUUCUGGAUGUGGAACAAUUGGAACCAUGGUAAAAUAAGAGUGAUCUUUCCCUGUAGUCCAGAAAGUCUACUCUACAGUCCACUACAUGCUGUAGUGGUGAUAGCAAAAGUGACAAUGGGUAUAGAACUGGUAGGGCUAUAUUCCUCCCAUCAAAGUUCCAGAAAGGUCUACAGUAAGUCUCUAGGACAACUUUGCCAUGGGCAACAUGCUGCAGCCCACUCGUUAUGGGACAACUCGCCACAGCCAACUCACCAUGAACAAGAGUUAACAUGAAUAUCAAAGAAAUUGUGGAAUAGAAUCAUUAAAAGAAUGCAAAAGGAGGAACAAAAUGAAAUGUGAAUGGCAAAAUUUACAAUUUUUAAAUUAUUUUAAAUAAUUGAAUUGAAUUGAAUUGUCCCAUGGUGAGUUAUCCCAAGGCAAGUUGGCCUUGGUCAAGUUGUUCCAGGCUGAGCUGGCCAUGGUGAGUUGAUCACAGCAAGAUGGCCCUGGUGAAUUGGCUGCAGUGAGUUGGCUGCAGCAAUUUGUCCCGUUCUGUUCCAGAACAGGUGAAAAAACCCAGGUGACCGGGGGGUAUUUUAAUUCUACCAUCUGGUUGAAGGCUUGAUAUUCAUCCAGAAAAAUCAAUAUUAUUUAGCUGCAUCUAGAGCUUGCAAGGCCACUACAUUCUUCAUCACUAUAUCAUGAAGCAGAAUAUUGAGACUGGCCUAUAAUUCUACAAGUCUCCUGGGUCAAGAGCAUGAUUCUGCUAUAAAAGAUCUUAGGACGGUCUCCAUUAGGCAGGGGGAAGACAUUUUUAAGCAGGAAUUGGCCACCAUUUUAGCAGCCUUUACACACUGGGGAAGGGUGCUGGCAAUCUACUGAGCUACAUUACUCGCAGGAAGCGAUUGAAACAAUUCAACAUGCACUUUAUAUAAGGUGGCAAGUGAAAACUGGACUGCUGUACCCAUGGUUGGCUUAUCCUGUUUACCUUAGAGGAAGGGUUAGACAGAUACCAUGCAUUAAACACACAAAAUGGAGUUUGCAGCUAUUUCUCUCAAUCCACUUUUUUUUGCUAGGGACUAUUUUGGCCCUGCAGUGGUGGUUGAUAGGGAGGGUGACGGAAAGAACCUAUCAGAAAAUAGCAAUCUGACAUAUUCAGAGCUGCCUAGGGCUUUAAGAUCUACAUACUUUUUCCAUCAUGUACACAUGGAACUGCUCCUGUUGCGACAGGCAAUUUAAAUAAAUUCAUUUCUGUCCAA